AAAGAAGCAAACAUUGGCUUUGGGAUUGAGAAAGCUGAGGGGUGGGAAAUCGAAACAAGUAGGCAAGUAGACAGGGCAAAUUUAGGCUGUACAAAAAGCAGAAGCAGGAAAGCAGAAGCAGAAGCAGAAAAGCAGAAGGGGCAGUGAUGGUAUCUCUACAGAGAUCUUUAAUCUCCCUUCUGACCCAAACACUGCCUCCCACACCACCCCUCUUAUAGCCCCUUGACAGCGACACACCUUUUUCUACCUUCUGUUUUCUCAUAUUAUAUUAUUAUAACCUCUAUUCCCUGUUUGGAUAACGAUUAUGAAAUAACAAUCACUUCUUCAUUUAGCUUCCAGCUUUUUCGGUUGCUAGAGGAAUUCCUUCAUUCAGAAGCUUUGUGUAAAAUUAAAGAGGAUGGGUUAGGGCCUUUAAAACGACGCUGUUUUAAGGUUGACGGAAUUAUUAGGGUUUUGAUUACUGGUAAUUAAUCGAAAUCUGGACGAGGGUUUCAGUCUGGAGGAAGAAGAGGAGGAGGGAGGAGAAGAUCAGUCGCAGAAGCACCGCCGCUAUCCGGAGGGAGAAGUUUUCCGGCGGUAUUUUUACGGAGGAUUGUUAGACGGACAGACGGAGAAGAAAAGCAGCGUGUACUUUCCUUCUUCCUCCUUAUCGCUGGAGGCCACCGCCGAACAUGCUACUAGACUGGCCGAUAAAAUGGCAGAGAGCAGCCAUCCGCCGUCGCGAGUGCGCCUGAGGAACGGCGGCGGCGGCGGCGGUGGGGGGGAGAUAGUGGAGGUGCAAGGCGGGCAUAUUGUGAGGUCUACCGGGAGGAAGGACCGGCAUAGUAAAGUCUGCACCGCCAAGGGUCCGAGGGACCGGCGCGUGAGGUUGGCCGCCCACACCGCCAUCCAGUUCUACGACGUUCAGGACCGGCUCGGCUACGACCGCCCGAGCAAGGCCGUUGACUGGCUCAUUAAGAAGGCUAAAUCCUCCAUUGACGAGCUCGCCCAGCUGCCACCCUGGCACCCCACCAACUGUUCCGCGCCGCCACCCAAUAACUCGAGUUUCGAACAACAUGAAGCGGCGGCGGCGGCGGCGGAGCUAGACCACAACCACCACCAGCUUGGUUUGCAGCAUGAUGAUUUGAUGAUUAAUAGUGUUUCCGGCGCUUCGAGUAAAAGAUCAAUGGCGGCAAUGCUCGGAGGAGGAGAAGACAGAGGACAGAGUUCGAGCUUUCUUCCGCCAUCGCUGGACUCGGACGCCAUUGCAGACACCAUCAAGUCCUUCUUUCCGAUGGGCGCCUCCGCCGUGGCUAGUUCCUGUUCCGCCGCUAUGCAGCAGCAGCAGUUCCACAGCUUCCCAACUCCCGAUUUUCUCCAGUCAAGAAACACUAGCCAUAGCCAAGACUUGAAGCUUUCUCUACACUCUUUUCAAGACCCAAUUUUGCUCCAUCACCACCACAAUCAGCAGAACCCUACUCACCACAACACAGAACAAACAAAUCAAGAACAACAUAUUCAAGGUCAUGUUCUGUUAAGCGGCAUUCCACUAGGUUUCGACGGUACUUCAGGCUGGGGGGCUGAGCACCACCACCAGCAGGCGGCUGAGCUCAGCCGCUUCCACAGGCAGCAGUCUUGGAACUCCGGCGGCGGCGGCGGAGGAGGAGACAGUGGAAAUUACUUGUUCAAUUCGCCUUCUCAGCCAAUGCUGCAGCAGCUCUUAGGCCAAAACCAAAACCAAAACCAAAACCAGUUUGUUUCACAGAGGGGACCCCUUCAGUCCAGUAACACACCUUCGAUUCGUGCUUGGAUGGACCCAUCCGCCACCGCCAUAUCAACAACUUCCACCACCACCAGCUCCGAUCAACACUACCACCACCAUCUGCCCAUCUAUCCAUUGGGAUUUGGUUCCGGCAUCGGUUCUUUCUCGGGGUUCAACAUUCCAGCACGAAUCCAAGGUGACCAAGAGGUGCACGAUGGCUAUCCAGACAAGCCUUCCUCUGCUUCCUCCGAUUCUCGCCAUUGAAGUCCAGCUCACAAGACUCCAUUUUUUCCCAUUAACAGGUGUUACAAUUUCAAGAAAGCAAAGGGAAGAAGUUUGAGUGAGCUUUACUGAACACGGCAACUUACCGUUGAGGUGAAGAAUCCCGACACUAGUUUUCUCGUUUUUUUUCAACUCCGGUUCGUUUAUUCUACGUCCGUUUCCUCUUAUUUUCAAUUGUUUUUUCUUCUCCAGCUUUUAGUUUCGCGUCCGAUCGACUAUGUUUUCUAUUUUCCGUUGUUAAGACUCUACUAUGUCCAGUUACUAAUAAUGCAGCUUCUAAUAUUCGAUCACGAACUUUAGCAUUACAGGAGGGGACAAGACAUGUUUUAAUGAAAUAAAGUUUUUCAUUUUCGUACAAAA